GCUGGGCCGAAUCCGGGCGCUCUAGAAGCACCCCAACUGUAAACAAUUAUUAUUCUGGACAUUUCCUCCACCCCUGUUUACGCUUCUCUAUUUCCCCGCUCCACAUCCGAUCUAUCAUCAUGUGCCCCAGGCUCAUCUCUCUGUCCCUCUCUCUCUCUCUCUACACCCAACCCCCAUUUAUCCAUCCUCUAUCUUAAUUGCACUUCCCAGCAGACACAACAUGCCACCCACCUAACAAAAAUAUAGAGUGCAGUUAUUACCUUUCCUUUUGAGCUAUAAAUUAUACUCCAUGGAUUCUUAAUUAAAAACAAUUACAAGGCAACAGAAACCGCGUCCUUUUGCUAACAACGAUCCUACAGAGCGAGAAGAAGGUAAAUAGAAAGAUGGAAGCUGAUGGAAUGCUUUGAAGCCACGAAUAGAGCAAAGAGGAGAACAAGAAGAGAGGAAGAGAGAGAGGUGGGGAUGAGAUUUUCGUAGAAAUAUUCCCACUCUACCCCUCACCUCCCCCCUCUCCAUCCCUAUCCCCUGCUCUUCUAUUGGUUCUCCAUUCCAAACCUAAUGCCUCCACUCCUCCUCCUCUCCCUCCUCAUUGGCUUCGAUGCCCUCCUCGCCGUGCCGGCGAUCGCCAAGUCCCACUCUACCUCCCUCCGCGUCCCACUCCACCGCAGCCCCCCGCCCCUCGCCGCUGUGACUCGCCUCGACUACGUCAGGGAACUCGUCAAGAGCGACCACCUCCGACAGCGGAUGAUCUCGGGCACCAUCGGGGGGCGUCGCUACCGGCAGCCUCGGAGGGCUUGCGAGAACGCCACCACGGCAGUGGCGGCGGCGGCGGAGUCGUUCGCAAUGCCACUGACGUCCGGCGCGUACACCCACACGGGGCAGUAUUUCGUCCGGUUCCGCCUCGGCACGCCGGCGCAGAGAUUCGUGCUUGUCGCCGACACAGGCAGCGACCUCACGUGGGUCAAGUGCGGUUUCGGGCCGCGCAGAUGUAGGCUUUGCGGCGGCGGGCAGAGACUAUUCCGCCCGGAGAAAUCCGUGUCGUUCGAUCCGAUUCGGUGUUCGUCGAACAUGUGCAAGACCUCCCUUCCCUUCUCGCUCACCACGUGUCCCUCUCCGGCUAGCCCUUGCGCUUACAAUUAUGGGUACUCGGACGGAUCGACGGCGCGGGGCAUCUUCGCGACCGAAUCGGUGACUGUGAUGCUAUCCAACGGCCAGAAGGCGAAGCUUAAGGGGCUGAUUGUCGGGUGCACGUCCUCGUUCGCCGGAUCGAGCUUCCGCUCAUCGGACGGCGUGUUGGGGCUGGGUCACAGCGGUAUCUCGUUUGCCUCGCGGGCCACCGCAAGCUUCGGGGGAAGGUUCUCCUAUUGCCUGGUGGAUCACCUUAGCCCCAGGAACGUCUCGAGCUACCUCACCUUCGGCCCAAACGGCGCGCUGUUCCCCUCCAUGGCGCGCCAAACCGAGCUUCUCAUGGAGCCGCGUCUCGCGCCGUUCUACUCCGUCGGUGUCUCCGGCAUCUCCGUCGACGGCGAGGUACUCAAGAUACCGAUGAGCGUGUGGGACGUGGGGAGACGUGGAGGGGCGAUACUAGACUCCGGCACGAGCUUGACGGUGUUAGUCGAGCCGGCGUACGAGGCAGUGGUAUCGGCUCUGAGCCGGCGGCUCGCUGGGGUCCCGAGGGUGGACGUGGAUCCGUUCGAGUACUGUUACAAUUGGACGGCUGGUGCAAGGGUGAGGAUCCCCAAGUUGGUGGUCCAUCUCCAAGGUCCGGCGCGGCUCGAGCCGCCGGCUAAGAGCUACGUGAUCGACGUGGCAGACGGCGUGAAGUGCGUCGGGUUCGCUUCGGCGCCGUGGCCGGGCGUGUCGACGAUAGGGAAUAUACUACAGCAGGAGCACCUCUGGGAGUUUGAUAUAAAGAAUCGACGGCUGAGAUUUCAGCGCUCCACGUGUACUCGCUAGUGAUCCAAUGGAUAUCUCUGAUUUUGUUUAUUUUAUUUUAUUUUGUCGAAAUGUGGAUUUAAAUCUCUUUUUUCUCUUUGUUCCACAAGAUGUGUCAUGUACCAAUAAGAUGGGAUGUAGAGAUCAGGUUUUGAUUGUGAAUGAUUAGAAGUUGGGUCCAUUGUUGGGGCUCUCUGGGGAGCAUCCGCUAUGAUAUUAUACAAA